AGUUUAUUAUAACAAUGUUUAUGAAAUGGAACUUUUAAAUUUUUCGGACUGAAGAAAACAGGCAGUGCUUGGUUUAAUAAGAAUUAUGGCAGUCUCCAAAUCUUUUUUGAUAAUCGCUGUAUUUCUGAUAGUCGGAUACGAGGAACGUGCGGUUUGUAACAGUAAAUGGAGGUCUAUCUUGGAAACCGACGAAAAUGGAAAUUCACGUGGAAGCAAAGAACAACUGAAAAAAUAUGUGCUAUCUGGUGCAGACGUGCGCAUUAAGGUCCAUAAAUUAGAUUUUGGUGCAGAUGUUCUAAUGGAUGUAAACAAUGCAUACUCAACUAACAAUGAAAUAUGUUGUCAGUCAAUUUUGCAUAUUGGCAAAGAAUCUUGGGAUACAUUUCCAAGAGAUGUUUUCUGGAGAUUCCUGUUAAUCUGUACUACUGGUCAUGUAAACCAAGCUCGGUGGUAUGUUGGCGAACACACCAAACCGGAAUCAGAUACAACGACAAAUAUGAGAAUUACCUGGUUUAUAAGGACUAUCAGUUGUGAUGACUAUAAGAACGGAACAACUCCAAUAUAUUGCACAAAUCAGAAUGCUAACUGUGGACCGAAAUCGAAUCUUUUUGAUGCCGUUGCUACCGGAUCAGACUUACGGGUUGUCGACGAAAGUCUCGGGUACGCCACACGUUUAGAGCAUGCUGCAUUUUCAAAACGAAAAGACAUUAUUGGUGCAGAAAGCAUUUGGGCUGUUAGUCAAGUCGCAGUUGGUAAGCAUGCUGUAUUUACUGAUGACGCAUUUUGGUGGUUCACCUUAUGGUCGUCUGAAGGAGAUGUCGAUAUGUCCAGAUGGCGUAUUGGGGAACAUAAAAAUGCUGGCCAUACCAAGGCGUCCUUUGAUAUCAAGUGGUAUGCUGAUUCUUGUUGGCAGUUAGCUUAUAGCCAUGAUGGGAACGGUGAACCAAUUGAUGGAUCUCUUGAUCUUUUAAAAGCUGGAAUAUUAUCUGGACAUCGAGUAAGAAUUGCCGUAGGUCCAUACAGUAUUGAAGCAGACAAUCUUCUUAUUAAAGAUGGACAAGUUAGUGCUCAAUUAUUAGGCCAUGUUUCGAAAAAAGAUGUUGAUGUUUUUCAGGAUGUUGUGUAUUGGUUCUGGCAACAUGUUGCCACUACUGGAGAAGUAGAAACCAUACGUCCAUUUAUAGGUGAUAACAAAUACAAAGGAAUGUCCGGGGGAAGACAUUCUGUCAAGUGGUUCAUGGAUACCAGGCAUUGGAAACGAGCCAUAUCAACUUUCAACUCAAAAUCUGUUACUAGUAAAUCAAAAAAAGACUUGAUUGAUUCCGUGAAAGACGGAAGUUCUGUGAGAAUUAUAAUUAAAGAAAAUGAUAACAAUAUAAUGGCGAUUCGAGCUGAUAGUUUAAGUUUCAAUCAAAACGAUACAGAGAUAGCUGCGCAAUCGAUACGAAAUAUAGGUCAUUUUUAUCCGGCAGGUUCUGUUCGGGAAUUUCCAUCAUCCCCGUAUUGGGAAUUUACUUCUAUUUCAACACUGGGUAUCAGUGUAAAAUCAAAAUGGACUGUUGGAAUAUACGAAAAUGUAGGCUUUGAUGUUCAACAAGUAUAUACGGAAUGGUUUACAAGUUAAUUAGCAUGAACUAUUUAACACUAUUAAACACUUGUACUUGCUGAGCUAUAACAAAUAAUCAAGUAUUAUCAAGUUUUGUGGAUUUUUGGUGUUAAUAGUUAUGUAAAGAUACUUUUUAUGUGUUAUUCUGUGUUACGCAUCAUACGAAUUCGUCGACAUGUUAUCAUCAAUCAUUUUAGUGUUAAAAAAAGGGUAAAAAUG